UUGUUCUAACCAUAAAAAAACAUAAAUUUACAGCUGGCAAAAUAUUCCUAUAAAGCAUAUAUAUAGAGCUAGCUUCUCAAAACCAAUCACUACUGUACUAACUCUCUCCAAAAAAAAAUCCAUUAACCGUGAAAAAAUGGCGACAGAGUCACAACCAAACCAGAAACUAACGAUUCCGUUAAAAACAAGAAUCGCUCUCUCCGUCAUCUCUACCUUCACCGAUAACGCUCAACGUCCCGACGGAACUAUCAACCGCCGUUUCCUCCGCCUCUUCGAUUUCCGCGCUCCUCCCAAUCCUAAACCUGUCAACACCGUCUCCACCUCCGAUUUCGUCGUCGAUCAACCCCGCGAUCUCUGGUUCCGACUCUUCACACCACACGUCUCCGCCGACAAAAUCCCCGUCGUUAUUUUCUUCCACGGCGGCGGUUUCGCUUUCCUAAGCCCUAACACUUAUCCUUACGAUAACGUGUGCCGGAGGUUCGCUAGGAAACUUCCUGCUUACGUCGUCUCCGUUAACUACCGCCUCGCCCCGGAGCAUCGCUAUCCUGCUCAAUACGACGACGGAUUCGACGUUCUGAAGUACCUCGAGGAGAAUCGCGGCAAGAUUCUCCCGGCGAACGCUGAUCUGUCGAGAUGCUUCUUCGCCGGAGACAGCGCUGGCGGAAACAUCGCUCACAACGUCGCCGUCCGAGUUUGCCGCUCGCCGCCUGGAUGUUUCGCCGCCGUGAAACUGAUCGGACUCAUCUCUAUCCAACCGUUCUUCGGGGGAGAAGAGAGGACGGAAGCGGAGAAACAGCUCGCCGGAGCUCCUCUGGUAUCGCCGAACAGAACAGAUUGGUGCUGGAAAGCGUUGUUGCCGGAGGGAGUAAACCGGGAUCACGAAGCGGUUAACGUAGGAGGACCGAACGCAGUGGAUAUAUCGGAUCUGGAGUAUCCGGAGACGAUGGUGGUAGUGGCUGGGUUUGAUCCGUUGAAGGAUUGGCAGAGAAGCUACUACGAGUGGAUAAAGUUAUCAGGGAAAGGAGCAACGUUAAUCGAGUAUCCAAACAUGUUCCAUGCGUUUUAUAUCUUUCCUGAGUUACCGGAGUCGGGUCAGUUAAUUAUGCGGAUUAAGGAUUUUGUUGCACAGCGCGUGGCUUCACUCUCCGCUUAAUCACCAAUUCACCACCAUCAUGGAAUUACUUAAAUUAGCUCAAUAAAAAUAAUGUGUUAAGGUUUAUGCUUAUGUUCUAUUUAGUGUUUUUUUUUUAAAAACGAUGUAUGAUUAAGUUAAUGUUUGUGUUUGCUUUAUGAACUUGUUUCUGUACUUGUAGUGAAAAUGCAAAACAAAACCUUUGGAGGAAAAAUAUAUCCUUAUGAGACAUAAUCUCAAAAUUGUGAA